AUGGAUGAAAGGAAAAUUCUCAUCGAGCGGAUACGAAAGCAGUUAUUGAAGGACGAUAUUAAGUUAUGGCUGCCGCCAUAUACGAAGCAAGGGGAUGAAAGUAGCCAUAGCCUGCCUGAGGAAUUAAUCGAGAGGUACUCGUCAUUCUUACAAAUCUCAUCCAAAGAUGUAAGCGAAGUUUUAGAAAAUCUACGUUCUCAUGCUUUAAAAAAAAUACAAGGCAAUAAACGAUUUCAACAGCAUGGUAUCGCUACCUUGAAUAUUCAAGUAGCCAAGACUGGCCGUAAUCAGAAGUUGACUUCUACAUCUACGGCAGAUAAAUAUGACUUUCAACUUGAUAUUCAUUUAAGCAAUGAUGGAAAGGAAUUACGAAAAAGCCUCAUGGAUAAACUUGAUUGCCGUGGCGAAAGUAUUAAAAUGAUAAGCAAUGGACGAUUAAUAGAGGAUGGGUGCAACUUAACUGAUCAAAAUAUCAAACAUAACGGACGAAUUCUCGUAGUUAAGACUGCAAAACUAGAUAAUGCGGAGGAUAAUAUCUCGACUAAAAUUUCACAAGCUAGAAAAGUAGCCACUACAUUAUCCAAGCGGGCCGAUGAUGGAAAGUACGAAGGCCAUUACAUGGAAAUUCGAGAUCAAAAUGGAGUGCUUAUACCUCUUCAAUCAACAACCAAGAAAUCCUUAGUGAUAGCUAUGUCUCUACAUGAACUGGCUAGAAGCUAUAUAGAUCGUAAGAACUACACUGAAGCUUUGCCUCUCCUCUUUGAAGCGGACAAGGAGUUUAAGUAUAAGACACUAAUCGAAGUUCUCUCGUUGUUUUAUAGCCAAUGUGAUGCAGAUAUUUUAAAUUGUGUAGAUAACUACGCUAACUUAUGCUUAGAUAUCGUUUGGUGUUAUAUGAGAAUAAAAUGCCUCGAUUAUUUGUCAGACGCAGAAUUGAGAUUAAGAAAAUGUGCACAAUGUUUUUCACAAUGUUAUGGUCAAAAUAUGGAGCGACUAACAGCGAUUAAGGGGUGCCAUUCCCACGAAAUAGCAUUAUUUGCUCGUUUACAUCUUUUACAAGGAGUUGUUGCGUAUCACAAAGGAGACAAAUCGACUUGUCAAAGGUUAUUAAUACAGGCCGAAAACGAAAUGGAAAAAUUAAUGGUUAAAGAAGAGAGUUUAACUCAGUUGAUGGUGAUGGGAUUUAGCUCUGUUGAAGCUCGCUUAGGUCUGAGGUCAUCAAACGGAAAUGUAGAAAAAGCUAUCGGUUAUAUAAUGGACCGUCAAAGGGAAAGGAAAAAGAGGAAAGAGAUAGAAAGAGAAGAAAGACAAAAGAAAAGAAAGCGAGAACGUCUGGGCAAAACAGUUCAAGGAGAAUGGGUUAAUGCAGAGCUAUACGAUUCGCUAGUUAGUAUGGGACAUGAUAAAGAGCUUGUAGCGGAAGCGUUACGUCAAUCAGAAAAUGAUAUAGUACUGGCCUUACAGAAUUUAAACAUGUCUUACAUUUACUUUUCAAGUAAGAACAGUGCUAAGAAGAAUACUGUAUCCAAGGAAGCACUGAAUCAGUUAACGGCAAUGGGGUUCGAUGCAAAGAAAGCCAAAUCAUGCUUAUUACAACAUAACGGAAAUAUCGAACGUGCUAUAGAUGAACUAUCAUCACAGAUGCCUAUGUCAUCAGGAUCGUCUACCGAUGAAUCAGACCUUGAAAAGUCUGCGUUAAAUAACAUGGAUGUAACUGAGGAUUUUGAUGAUGGAGAAGACAUAAGUGAAGAUGAUGAAGACAAGGAAGAAUUAGAAAAAUCUAUUGAGACUAUUUUACCUGACUUAGCUAAAGACGAGGAGGACUAUCUAAACCUGUCUUUGAAUGAAGAAUGCGAAAUUUUACAGGAAUAUAAGAUUCUUCUGGCGUCCCUGAAAUAG